AGUAAAAUCGUAGUACAUAUCCGCGCGUGUAGCUUUCUUUGUUUCACACAUGUAGAUCUACCCGUACUGCCGUAGAAUCUAUGAGUGUGGUGCUUCUGAUUGUUUCUCGCGAGUUUCAGCUUACGUAGGAAGCAGGUUCACCACACUAUUGUGCUAGCUGAGCGAACACGGAGCACUAUAGCCAUCACCAUAGGCGUAGGAUUUCUCGCAGAAGUGCAUAAUCCCAUCCCUGGACGCGAAGCGGAACGGGCAGUUCGGAAAACAGGAAUACCCCUAGACUGCAGUAGGCGCCGUAGCGUGGCGGCCGGCAAAUAAUUAUCUUCACGCACCUGUCGUAGAUUUCUACCCAGAGCUCUGUUCUCGCAUCCUGUACUUUAUUACCGUCGCGGUGUGUUCUGAAGCAUGGCGAGUGAAGAUAGUGCCUCCGCUGAGGUAAUCCCUCAGCCCGCUACCGAGGAGGAAUAUCAGCGGUUCGUGGCACUGACGGAUAGUGACGAAGGCUGGGAGCAGAAGGUGGACAGACCAGAUUCUGGAAUAUGGACCAGGCAGGAAAAGGGAUCAAGUGUCAAUAUGUUGAAGGCAAGGAUAGACUACGCGGAUGUGGAAGCGACCACUCUGUACGAUGUCCUCCAUGACCCAUACUACCGACGGGUUUGGGACGAGAACAUGGUCGAUGGAUUUGAGAUAUGUCGCCUAGACGCCAACAACGAUAUAGGAUACUAUUCGAUGAGAUGGCCAACGCCACUUGACAACCGGGACUAUGUCAACACACGGUCCUGGCGAGCUAGUCCAGAGCAGUACGUCAUCUUCAAUCACUCGCUUACGCACCCGAGAAUGCCCCCUAGAGCUGGCUUUGUACGCGCUGUUUCUUUCCUCUCUGGAUAUGUAAUUCGGCCUCUGGAGAAAGGGUGUAGGCUUUUUUAUGUCUCGCACAAUGAUCCCAAAGGGUACAUACCAACCUUUCUGAUCAAUAAAUCCAUUAUACAUCUAGUGCCCAAGGUUGGCGAAAAGAUCCAUUCAGCGUGCAAGGCAUAUGGUGACUGGAAGGCUCAGAACCAUCCUGAAUUCAAGCCAUGGCUAGCGACAAGUUGUCAGGAUGAUCUGCCAGAUUAUCAAUCUAGUUUGUCUGUGGAGCUGAUGGACAGCAAAGGCAAGCUACUAGUGCAGUCCACGGCUGAGCAAGGUAUGAACGUGCCCGUCCAGAGCACAUCAGUGGAUGCCGUCACAGACGAGGACGUCGUGGAGAACGGCAAAGUCACGGCGGAAAAUGGUGCGGAUGACGAUGACGGCGAGACGGACAUCUGAUCUCACAGUGGCGUUGCUAGAGUACUAUCACUAUUCUUCACGUUGCGGCGGCUCGGUCACGUUUUCAGCAUCGGUACCGUCAGUCAGUGUAGUACUGAACAACGGUGGCCUUGUUUACUUUAGUACAUGUAGCGCCUGAGUUACUGAAUGUUUCCUCAGAUAAAUUGUAUAAUUAUAUCACCCAAUGUUCACCACAGCAAACUCACUCCAUGAUCUAUCACGGAGCAUAGUCUAUUGUCGUUUUCAAGUACAUGUAUCGUCUGACUGUCCUAUGUUAGGUCCAUGGCCUUCAUAACUUAUUUCAUAGGAUUCAAGCCUGAUUUUUUGGAUUUUGGUAAUUUUUGGAUUAUUAUAAUAUCGUACCAUUACAGAUCAUGCAUUUGGAAACGACUGGUGUGUCCACACUAUCCUAAA